AAGCAUAAGGGGGUCAUGGCCCCCAUAAAAGUUAAAACAGCUUCAUAUGGAACACGGUGAUUUGAACGGUUAAUUACUAACAUAAUGAUUUGCAGGACGAGGAUCUGAUGAAGAAAUUCUGCAAACAGAUUGAAAACGAUCGGAAAACAAUGAUAUCUAGAAGCAACUCUAACGAAAUGCACAAGGUUCUCACGGAGCAUGGCUUGUUAUGCACGAACUUGGAUAAUGUAAAAAUCGACGACUUGAUACUGACAAAAUGGAAAGCGAAGAAGGUCAUUGGUUGGGCCACAAAUCAUCACCUCUCUUCGUGCAUCGUUCCUCCUCUCGAGGGGGAACAGUUGCAUGUCCCUCAUGAGAGCCUUAAACUCGCGGUUUCGAGGUUGAAGGAGCAGGAAAAAGAGACCGACGAGGCCGAGAAGCCUACACCAAAAAAAAGUGUUCAGGUUUGUCUCUCUUAUUUUCUAAGUAUAAAUAUGAACACAAUAAUCAGUUUAUUACAUCUUUAAUUUUUAAUUUUUAUUUU